AUGGCACCAAAGACACUGCCUCUGUUGCUCCUGCUGGUGGUGGUAGUGGUCUGGCCUCUGGCAGUACAGCCUGCGCCCCCCACCUGCUACUCCCGGAUGCUGACCCUGAGCCGUGAGAUCAUGGCAGACUUCCAGAGCCUGCAGGCUUCAGAGCCUGAGGAUUCGUGUGUGAGAUACUUGCCCCGGCUUUACCUGGAUAUCCAUAAUUACUGUGUGCUGGCCAAGCUAAGAGACUUCGUGGCCUCUCCUCAGUGCUGGAAAAUGGCCGAAGUGGAUACUCUGAAGGACAGAGUGCGGAAGCUGUACACCAUCAUGAACUCCUUCUGCAGGCGGGACUUGGUAUUUCUCUCAGAUGACUGCAGUGCCUUAGAAUACCCAAUCCCCGAGGCCACAGGUCCUCCAGACUGGCAGAGCUAAGCAGGUGGACCAGAAGAACAACCCAGAGGCCUGAAGCUGGGCCAGCUGUCCAUACAGAGCUACACCCCCACACAGGUCUAUUUGUAGUGCCACUGUUAGACCUGCCACGUGUCUCUCUUGCUUCUGAAGCACCAGUGAGAACCCUACGUCUGGGCAUGCUUUGCACACAGGUUGAAAGCUCAGUUACUAGGUGUCUCUCUGGAGUACAAGAGCCACAAAGAGGAGGAAAGUGCACACUGACUUCUCUGGGGAGCAAGCACCUUGGGCACAGCAAAAUUCCGUGCCUCUGUGACUGCUUUAAUGAAAUAAUGGGACCAUUCUUCUUUCUGGUCUCUGCUUCCACCCCAAGGGGCUUCUACUUUAUGCUUCCUUCCUCUGCAAGCUUUCCUUCCUUUUUCUCAUUUUAAAGUGUUUUUACUGCUUCUGCGAUGUAUUUACAAGGCUUUUAUGUAGUGUGAAUGAGCCACCCUUUCACUGAAGGGUGAUGAAAACCAAAUAAACCUCUAUUGUG